ACCCGGAGACGGGCCCGCCGCCGGUCAAGCGCCAGCUCUACAAGCACAAGAGCCGGGGCAGCCUCGGUGCUCGCCGGCCGGCCGACGCCGACGGAAGCCCUCGCCAGAAGCCGGCCGCCAAGGAGCAGCGGCCCGACCAGAAGGCGCGCAUCCUGGCGCUGCAGGCGCGCCGCACUUGUGGGACCUGGGUGCAGUGCUGCCACAUCGACUGCGGCAAGUGGCGCCACCUGGCGGCCGUGCAGGACCCGUCCGAGCUGCCGCAGGCCUGGCACUGCACCAUGAACGACGACGCCAAGUUCGGCUGGUGCUCGGCGCCGCAGGAGCACAUCCCCAACUCGGCGUUCCCUCGGCUGGUGGCCGUGCGCUUCACGGUCGGCUCGGUGGUCUGGGCGCACCUGGACGGCUUCCCCUGGUGGCCGGCGCUCGUCGACGACGACCCCGACACCGAGGACUUCUUCUGGCUGGACGGCUUCUCCGAGACGCCGACCCACUACCACGUGACGUUCCUGGACGGGCCGACGCAGCCGGUGACCCGCGGCUGGGUCACCCCGGCGCGCGUCAGGAAGUUCGAGUCCGGGGAUCAGGCCAGCGCGCGGACAAAGUCCCGCUGCCGCGGCAUCGAGUACCGCGCCCGGCUGGAGGCAGCCGUGGAGCAGGCGCACCUGGCGCUGGCCUGCCCGCUGGCAGAGCGGCGCCGCCGCUUCACCUUCGUGGCCCGCUACCCGGGCCCGUGGCCCGUCUACUCGGACAGCGAGGCGGAGACGGCCCGGCUGCCCGACGGUCGCCGCCCGUCGCGGAAACGCAGCCGCGACGACGAGACGGUCAACUCGCUGAUGGACGUAGUGGACGACAUCGUGCAGCAGCUGACGCAGUCGCAGUCGCAGUCGCAGUCGCAGUCCAGGCACACCCAGGGUGACGCCGGUGAGGGCGUCCUCCCACUGAUCGACGACGCUCCGGGCGGGUCGGAGGCGGCGGCGGCGGCGGCUGACGAGUCUGAUGCAGAGUGCUCGCCGGAGCCGGACACGGCGAGGACUGGGUCAGCGAGCCGGGCACCUGACACGACGCAGCCGAGACAGCUGAAGAAGGUUCGCGCGGGCUGGAAUGAGACGGCCAAACCCAAACCAGCCCACAAGAAACUGAAGGACAAGAACGCAAUAUGUGGCAAAAGUAAAGGGAGCCACACACCUGUCAAACAAAAAAAGAAGCGGCAGACGACAGCGCCGGCCGAGUGCCAAACGGGCAGGAUUCUGCCGACCUACAAAACCAAGAAGGCAGGGAAGGCGUCAGAAGAGGCGGGCGCAGUUAACAACACGAAGCCUGUGUUCAAACCAAAAAAUAAAUCUAGAGCGAUAACGGCGAUGCGAGAUGCAGUGAACAGUCAGAGCCCUACUGCCACGCCAGAAAAGAAGUCCCAGAAGCCACCAGUUAUGGAUAAUAGGAUGGACAGUGCGGAACCGUUCUUCAAGCCGAAGACGCAAAGCCAGGAGGCGCCGGGAGUGGAGAUCGACGCGGACAGUACGAAGUCACCCCGUUCCCAAGAGAACGAGCUCCCCACCCAGCUGCCGGCGGGCGGGUCGAGCCCGCGGCAGGACGGCGGUGACCGGGCGCCGAGCCCGUGGGGCGAGCCGUGCGCUCGGGGAGAUGAGCCGCGCUCGGACGAGGAGAGGCCGGGUCUGCUGCACCUGGACGGGCUGGCGCUGGACGCAGAGUCCAGCUCGCUGUUUGAGCCGGCGCCGACGCCGUCGCCCCGGGCCUACACGGAGCUGCAGAGCGAGGAGCGCUCGCAGGAGCUGUUCGGCGCCGCCGAGCAGGGCUACCAGUCGGACCCGUUCGAGGCGGACGACUGA